UUCCUUAGGGACUUAGUUGCCCAACUGGUGUGUUUCAAUGUGAUCACAGUGCAGUAGUAGUUUAUAUGAUGGGGAAAUCUUCUGACUCAUUGUGUCGUUGCAGGAAGAGUUUUGCGAUUAUUAUUUUAGUGAACUGAAAGGCAACAACAUGCACAUUAUAGAUACAUGCAUGGGCCCACGCAAAGACACAUGCAUUGACAUACAGUGCUAUAUACAUACACAAAAUAGAUGCAUGCACAGACGCAAACUCACACACAUCCAGUCUUGAGUGAUUCAAGUCAAAACAGAGUGGAGAGGAGAGUGACACACACAUGCACAGACACGUUGAAUGCCACAGACAACCACACAGACUGAAAGAUUGGUGCCAGAACAGAGGAGAGAGAUAAAACUGUUAGCGAGAGUGGAGGGUGGUGGUGGAGGGUGGAGCUUAAAGUGUGUGUUGGAGGGGUUAUCUUGGCUGAAUUUGAGAGCGUCACUGGCAUGCCCUCACCACAGCUGGUCAGAUAGAAAUAGACGAGGCAGUAACUGAGCCCAGGAAAAAGGAGGAGCAACCGCUUUCCUCAGGGAUGCAUGCAGGGAUGAACGGGCCGCCUCUCUUCUUCUGUCUCUGUGUGAGAAGCCAAACGUUUCAGACAUUACAAUGGGACUUAAAGAUUUAGUUUAGCUGGAUGUUAAGUCUAUCCUGAUGACAUUAUCAUCCAUCUCAAUUAAAAUGGCUUUCAAGAUAAAUUGUUUCUACAGCAGGCAUUACACACAGAGUGACUUUCUGAAAUCUGAUCUAAAUAUCUUUUAUAUUUAUUCUUUCCACACAGAGAAGGUUAAAGGUCAAUGUGAAAUCAAGGAAAAGGCAGGUAUCCUGCCCCAAGUUUUCUCAUGGAUGGCCCAUAAAAAUGGAUUUAUUGAUGUUAAGUCCAGGGUCGAGAGUACAGUAAUUGUAACAAUUUGAUAACUUGAUAGCAAGAUAACCUAGCAUUGUUGGCUAACGUUAGCUAGAUAAUCGACCAAAUACUCACUCAGAGUGACGGAUGGCUAAGGUAACGUUAGCUAGCUAGUUAAUUUUACAACAUGCGAUGUCCAUCUUAGGAACCAUCUGAGGUGGCAAAGGUUCAAUGUUCCUACGAUGUUCUUCACAUUUCAAUGAACAAAAUGAUCUGUGAUAGACCUGUCAAAAGAGUAGCUAGGGCAAACGUUAGCGCUAGCUAGCUAGCUUGGUUAGCAAGGUGCAUCUGUAAUUCAUGUUAACUGUGAGAUUAAUUGGGAUGCUAAGUUUGGGUAGUGAAAAACAGGCUUAAAUAUAAUGUAUUUACUGGGGAAAAAAAUGAACAGCCGACUCCUUAGCGUGUCUUUUACUACAACCGAAUGCUGAACAAGACAUUUUUAGGCGACCAAAAUGUUAUUGAAAACACGCUGUGAAAGGGUCAAAGUUCUUAGACGAAAACACGACAUCAACCAAAAACAAGUUCAUGGCUAGUUAAAUGUACACAGUCCAGCAGAUAGCAUCGCCUCUAUCCUGAUUGACAGGUCGCCGUGGUAGUGACUUGUCAGUCACAUGGUAGCCACGCCCUAAAGCAUACCUUGCUUUAUCGUUUGUUUUACUCUAAAUGGGACCAUAAUUUACAAAAUAAACAUCAUGCUGUAUCAAAGAAGACUUGAAACUAGCGAUUGAGACCAUGCACUCAUUAGGAAAGUGUUUACUGAGGAAAUAAAUCAAGUUAGAAGUAGGGUCAUUUUCUCAUACACUUCUAUACAAUCGGACUUCUUCUUGCAAUCAGUGGAGUCGACCUUGGUGGCCAUUAGAAAGAAUACAGUUUGAAGGCACUUCCGCAUUGGCUUCACAUUUCAGACCCGGAGGCUAUGUCCACUUCUUUUAUACAGUCUGUGAUACAAUAGCAAACGAUAGACUAGAUAAAUUAAGAAGGCAGCUGGCUAUUUUGUUAGUUUGCCAUCACUAACCAAUGUUAGUGUUAAGGUUUGUUUUUAAUAAUGAUUUUAGUGUUCUCUUUUAUUGGUCAAUAUUACAUUUGGGCUAAUGACACUGAUCCUAGAUCAGCAAUUAAAUGCAACUUUUGCCUCGAGUUUAUUCUAAUGCAUUCUUAUUAAUUAUACUGCAGGGGAGAACAGGGUAAGACAAACACCUGGUUCAUCAGUACCUUCAUGAGUACCUGGUGGGGAUGCCCUUAAUUUUCUUAAAUGUGAGCAUAUCAUAUAGGCUACUUUAAUUUGCUCAAUCUUGUAAUUCUAUUAGCUUGUGACAAGCAACAGAGUAAUCCUAAAAGUCAUUAGAAAUGAGCAUUUAGUAGCUUUUUUUUUUAAUCUUCGGGGAGCAUACCCCCGGACCCCGCUAGCAGGUUUUUUCCCUAACCAGUUUUUCAUGCCUGUAGUUUAGAACUCCUCAUGAAAAUUAUUAAAUGGUAAAUGGGGUGCACGUAUAUUGUACUUUUUAACCUUAGAUGGACAAAUUUCCUCAUAAUGUCUCUCAUUUACCCAUUAACACACUAAGUGAUGGUGGCAAAGCUGUCAUAUGGUGCCGGUGUGCUGACCGAGAGCAAUUUGGGGUUCAAUGUCUUGCUCAAGGUCAACCCACUCAACUGCCUGAGCCGCGUUCAUUAAAUCUAUUGUAAAGACAUGAGAAAUAAUGAUGCAGCAUAGUCUGCAAAAGUCCCCUAAACGGUGAUGGAGAAAGGAGGAGGGACAAAAAGGCAAAGAUACUGGUCAAUAGAGUUUUAAAUAUGCAGUUUUCUACAGUGAAUAUCUCAUGUUGCUGUUUGAAAAACUUUGCAGUUGAUAUUUUAGGUUUUACCUAAAUGAUAAAACUCAGCAUUCUUUAUAGUUGUUUAUUAUGAAUAAUAAACGAUAAUAUAUUAACAAAGAUGAAAUGAUUGAUGCGUCUGGGGAAAAACCACCCUAUAAGCCAAAUCUCACAUAAUAAAUCCCCACAAAAGCCAGUGUGUGUGAAUGCAUCUAUGAUACAUCCUGUCAAAGUGUCUUUGACCAACACACUGAAUAUCUUCCAGCUCACUCAAUCAUACGUCCCUCUAGAUAAGCUUCGUAUAUAUCAUAGAUACGCACACAGUGCAAAACGAGUAUUUAUUCAAUAAUAAAACAAUACCAAAGCCUAUCUGGUUCUUUAAUUUGUGUAAAAUGCAACCUACCAUCUGUUUGUGUAAUACUUACAUCUGCUGGUUUCCAUGCCCUGUGCUGAUUGUCCCAUUGCUCAGUAUUUCCCAACACAAAUGGAAGAACAAAACAGGAAGUUUGUAUGUCAGGCAUGUGAAAGUACAAAACUCUAACUCUAACUGACAUUGUAAUGUAAUCUUCCCUGUUCACAGACUCCCUUAUAGCUGCCUGUACCUGUCAAGAAAACAACCAACCCAACAAAUGCCCCCAAAUCACUGUGUGCACAAGACCGUCUCCCCAUCCCUAUCCAUCAAUUUCUGUGUCUGUCUUUUCCUCUCUGUCCCAUCCCCCUCUUCCUCCUCUCAUCCACCGCUCCAUCACGCAGGAAGCCUGGUCUUCCUGAAAACAAGCAUCGGAGAGUGGAAAGGGACAAGGCUGGGGGGGGCAGGUAGGAGGGGGAGCAGAGGAUGUUUUUGUUUCUCGGCCCCUCUGGUUGCUGCAGGCCUCACUGUAGUCCAUCCUGAGGAAACCAGGCUCACGUCACUCUGGCCAGGCCUUGGGCCCACACGUGCUGCCUGUUAGGGCCGGUAUGACGCAGUAACUGCAGCGCUCCAGCAGCCCCUCACACAUGGGAGCUAUAAAGACACAUGUGGAUUGAAACUGUGGAAAACACUGCUUUUCAAAUCAUAAUGGCAUUAGCAACCAGGAAAAGUCGACACAAAAUCACAUAGUGCAUUUCAGUUACACAAAACGGGUCAAAUGUGGUGGUGAGAGACACUGUGAGGAAGGUUUUUUGGGUUUUGCCAGAACAAAAGUCUAUAACUUUGCCAGCUAACCACAGUCCAUUUCCUCCCUGUAAUAGCUGCAAACUGCCAAGUCACCUGGAAGUGGGAGAAUUCCUCAGCAGGUGCAUUUCCAGAGACUCCCAUCGACUGAUUUAUAGCUAAUCAAAAAAUGUACGUAUGCCGUUUGUAGAUGCUGACUUUCGUUUGCAGUUUCAGUGUGAAACUCUGUGAUCAUCAAAAAAUAAAAAGUGCUGUCACCAUCAGGUAAUUUAACUUUUGUCCAAUUUUGAACAUGGCAUGACUUCAACCCUAAAUGCAGCUGAAAGAAAUGUCAAAAAUUUCAAUCAAAAUGCAUUUAUUGACAGGAGGCUAGAACGUAAGGCUGGGGAAACAUGUCUCUGACUCCUGGACCAUCAGCACCGGUUCCCCCCAAGGCAGUGUCCCCUCUGCUCUUCUCCCUGUACACCAACAGCUGCACCUCCAGUCACCUGUCUGUCAAGCUCCUGAAGUUUGCGGAUGACACCACCCUCAUUGGGGUCAUCUCUGAUGGGGAUGAGUCUGCUUACAGGUGGGAGAUGUCUUUACUAACUGACACAUUUCUUAAGUUUUAACUUACCCGAUUUAGUAAGACAUAGUUUGAAACUAGCUUAUAGUUAUUAAGAACUUAGGAAGAGCUUUACACACAAUGUAAUGAUGAAUUUACGAAUAGCUGUUGUUUCUCAAUCCUGGAGAAUAGAACAUAUUAACUGUAACCCACAGUGUGUGAGUGUGAUUGUCGUCAUAUUUCUAUAGCAUGUUUAGCAUCUUUUUAAAUGAACGCUCACUCAUUUGAGAGCGGAGCUCUUCACAUUUUAAAUGUAGCAUGUGAGAACAAGGUGACUGUGGAGACAGCUCUUUGGAGCGCCGCCUGAGAGUGACAGGUCAUAAUAACAGGAUGUUUGCAGCCUGCGGAAACACUGCCAGGGACGACCACAAGCAGGCAGAAACUGUGACUGGAAACACGAGCAAAGAGGAAAUGCAGGCCUGCCAGGUUCCCUCCAGGUGUACCAAAUAUAACCUCACUGACUUGUUCAUUUUGUUUACAGACAGACGCUACUUGACUGGGGUCUCUUUAGGUAGAUAUAAAUUCACUAUGACCCUUGACCCCUGGAGAAAUCACUCUAGAAAACACAGUUGUGCAAUGACAAGAUUCUCUGUCUUUCAGCCUCCCUUUCACACACACACACACACACACACACAGUUUUCUGAAGUGGUCAGCUGCAGAUGAUAGCAGACAGAAGGACACUGGUGGUUUCUGACACCGGGGGGGGUGAAGCCUAUUCACUGUCACCAGUAGUUUCUUUCUGCCCAUCAGUGGUCCCAUAUUGCACCAGGCUGCAACAUCUAUCACAACAGAGUCUCCACGACCAUGGCUAUUAGCGAUUUUCUAGCUGCCUCGGACAUCACUUUGGCUAUUAAUGCUUGUAAAGCGAAGGAUUCCUUCAGCCCGAAGAUGUUUUUCAAAACAGUGGGUUUAUCCAAGAAACCUCCAACAGACAUCGAGAGGGUCUUUAAGAUUUUGGACCAAGACAAAAGCGGCUUCAUAGAACAGGACGAGUUACAACUGUUCCUGCAGAACUUCUCCAAAGGAGCGAGAUCCCUGACUGCAGCUGAGACCAGAGCUUUCCUGCUGGAGGGAGACUCAGAUGGAGAUGGGAAGAUUGGCUGGGAAGAGUUUUCCGCAUUGGUCAAGUCUUCAUAAGUGAUGCGUGACCCCUAUGAUUUGUUGUCAUCUCAGGGUGGACCUCUUUUUAUAAUGUUUACUAGCUACAGUAAAUAACAUGGACUCAUCAGGGAUCUUAUGUGUUUAGAGUAAUGAGAUAUGUUGUCGUUUUAAUGGAAAGUAAUGUAAUAAGGUAAUUAAAGUAAACCACAAAUUAAAUCUUGCCUCUCUGCUAUAUGUCUUCCCUGCCAGAAAAGUGUACAAAUAAAUAUACUUUUCUCCAUGA